UUAUUUAACGUCUAUCGGAGGAUUCACAGGACAGUCCUCGGGAGUCAGUGAACAUGGAGAUAUUGCUAGCAAAAUGCUCCAAAAACUUCGCCUGGGCUGGAAUCGCAUCCGUACCGAAGCGACCCAUUUUUGGUCCGAUGAUGGUCCAGGUGGGGACUGCUUUUGGUGGUUGGACGCCAUGUUGGUGCUGGCAGGACUACGCAGCAAACUGUCGACAAGAUGGAUUGGGGCUCACAUAAUCCAACACUUGUGCAAUGCCCUGUUUGCCUUUGAAGUAAUGGUGCUGGUGUCACAAGUAUGGAAUGGUUUGGACGACACAUGGGAUGAUGUAGCCGAGAAAGUGAUGGGACUUCUGAAAAUAACCUCUCCUUGCCUGGCCAUCAUGAAAGUGCUGGUGAUGAUCCACCUAAGGAAGCCACUUGCUAUUCUACGGGAUUUUAUCUUCGACAGGUGCGUGAAUUCUGGCGACAAGACCUAUGACGAGGUUGAACAAGAGAAACUCAACCAAUUCGGAAGGACCAUGUUUCGGGCAAUGUUCGCUUUCAUCGCCAUUGAAAUGAUCCUACUGUCGAUCCCUAACCGAACAAUGGCCAGUAUGUUCCAAAUGCCAUCCUGGGGUGCGUCGACCUUUCUGUACUACUUUUUCGUGAGUACGCUACCUUUGGGAUUACUUCCGAGGCUGUGGUCACACCUUUCGUAUAUUGGCAUCCUUGUAAUGGGUAUGCGGAUGAAACUCGGAAUGCUGGUUCAUCGGUAUCGACUAAUGAUGAACGUGUCUAAUUUGGAUUUGAACCAGUACUUUGGAGAUAUGAACCGGAACCUACGAGAGGCUGUAACACAACAACUGCAUUUUUUGCGUCAGUUUCAUAUUCUGGCGAAUGCGAUAGGAAAAGCAUUUUUGCUCAUCCAUUAUUAUUCAAUAUUCAGCAUCGGAACGAUUAUGUUCAUGGGUAAACACAUGGGAAUCAACGUUUUCUCUGCCGCUUUCGUAGUAAUGUCCCUUGCAUUGCUCCUGGAAUAUUACGUUUGGUGUUACAUAGUUCAAUCCAUUAAAGAAACAGCUACAUCAAUUGGUGAUCUUAUCUACGAAAUCUGCGCUUUAAUUCCUUACAACCAAAAUUUUCAUUCAGAGUACGUCCAACUAAGAACGAGUCUUAUCAUCAUUUGGAUCAACAACAGAAAUGGAUACACCGUGAGCUGUUUUGGAAUACUGCGUCUUUCAAUACUGGCAUUCGUCAAUUUGCUGGACGUCGCUUACACGGUGCUAAUGUUUUUGAUAAAUAUGACAUAAACUAUGAUUCAAAAGUGGCCAAGAGCGGAUAGUCAUGGGCUCGACUCAUAGCCACGGCACUUCGCCAGUUGCUCUUACCCCGGAGAGCGUCUGGCAAUAACCCACUUCUGAGCUCAUGGCACUAUCCGACCCGAAUAUUCGGACAACGGCUCACGGCAACUCAUAAUGGACCUUCAACCACACUGGAAAAAGGAAGCCCAGCAGUCACACAUCAACAUAGCCGUGUUCAUCAUUCAGCCACAAUAGGGUAGAAAGUCAUAGCAGCACGAACAGCAACUAGUUCGAUUUAAUGGAAUAGAAUACAUUUAGGCGCUGUACACAAUGUGAGUGCUACUAUCAAAUGCAAUUGCUCGCGAAAUGUAAAUUAGGUUGAAUUGUAAAAAAAAAAUCAAAACAGUUGAUGCCCCUGCAAUACUGAACGCGCUACAACGGACCAGAUGUUCGCCA